AUGAAUGAAAGAAGUCAUGUAGAGAGGCUAUUGGUGCCAAUUAAGAGUACUUGGAGCGAAAAAGGAGUCACAAUUGUUAGCGAUGGGUGGAGUGAUCCUCAAAGAAUACCUCUUAUUAAUUUCAUGGCGGUCACAGAGGAUGGGCCUAUGUUUUUAAAAGCUGUAGAUUGUUCCAAUGUUAAAAAGGACAAUGAAUUCAUUGCCAAACACUUGAAUGAUGUUAUAAUGGAGGUUGGCCCCUCUAAUGUGGUGCAAGUGGUGACUGAUAAAGCACCGGUUUGCAAGCCGUCAGGUUUAAUUGUUGAGAAUGAAUUUCCAACAAUUUAUUGGACUCCUUGUGUGGUGCAUACCCUCAACCUUGCUUUGAAGAAUAUUUAUGCUGCAAAGAAUACUGAGAAGAACUCUGUUGUGUAUGAUGAAUGUUCUUGGAUCACAAUAAUUGCUGAAGAUGCUAUGUUAAUUAAGAACUUCAUUGUAUGUCACUCUGUGAGGUUAUCUAUUUUUAACUCUUUCAAUACUUUGAAGAUGCUCUCCAUUGCUCCUACAAGAUUUGCUUCCACUAUAGUGAUGCUCAAGAGGUUUAAGCAGAUAAAGAAAGGGCUUCAAGAGAUGGUCAUUAGUGAGGAAUGGUCUACCUACAAGGAUGAUGAUGUGCAAAAGGUCAAAUUUGUGAAGGAAACUUUGUUGGAUGAUCUUUGGUGGGACAAAGUGGAUUACAUUCUUUCUUUCACAAGCCCUAUCUAUGAUGUUUUAAGAAGAAUGGACACGGAUGCUUCAACUCUCCACACAGUAUAUGAAAUGUGGGAUUCUAUGAUUGAAAAUGUAAAAAAGCUCAUAUACAAGUAUGGAAGAAAGAUGGACUCCGAGCACUCUCCAUUUUAUGAGGUAGUGCAUGGCAUAUUAAUUGAUUGUUGGACAAAGAGUAGCACACCUCUUCAUUGUUUAGCUCACUCAUUGAACCCAAGAUAUUAUAGUGUUGAAUGGCUUGCUGAAGAUUCGAGUAGAGUUCGUCCACAUCUAGAUCUGGAAAUUACCCGUGAAAGGACGAAAUGCUUCAAAAGGUUUUUUCCGGAUCCGGAAGAGAGGAGGAAAGUGAAUGUAGAGUUUGCUAAAUUUGCGGGUGGAAGAGAAGGAUUUGCUGACAUUGACAGUUUGGGUGAUAUGGGAAAUAUUGGUGCUAAGGAGUGGUGGAUUAUUCAUGGUAUUAAUGCUCCAACACUUCAACCCCUUGCCCUUAAGUUACUCGGGCAACCAUGUUCUUCUUCAUGUUGUGAGAGAAAUUGGAGCACUUACUCUUUCAUUCAUUCUUUAAAGAGAAACAAGAUGACACCACGUAGAACCGAGGAUUUAGUGUUCAUUCAUAGCAAUCUCUGCCUUAUUUCAAGAAGAUCCGAAGAAUAUGAAAAAGGGGAAUGCAAGAUGUGGGAUAUAGCGGGAGAUGAGUUUGGUCCACUUGAUGAGAGUGGAGUUCUUGAAGUUGCCAACUUAUCAUUGGAUGAACCGGAGCUAGAGGCUAUGAUUUUCAAUAAUGAUGAUGUUCAAGAAGCCACUACAUAG